CUGGAUGAAUGGUCAUCCCAUGCUCGCCGCUAUUGUGCGCAACUACAGGAUGGUACUUUCUCUCCUUCAAAUCUGGGUCCUCCGAUCUGACAUAAUCUAAUAACCAAGUCAUGCAAUACUUUUUUUUCUAUGAUUUGGGUUGUAGAAGCAGAUGGACAGAAGAAGAAGAAAGGGCGAGGUGUUGUAAAAGGUGUUAAAACAGCUCAGAAGCAUUUUGCCAGCGGAUCUGCGAAGCUAAAUAUUACAUUCUCUGAAAUGUUGGGUGGUACGAUAGGAAUGAACUAUCGCUCAUUCAAGGAUGACGUGGUAGUGAUAAUGAAAAGGAAGGUACCACUCAUUGGGGUGAGGAGGUGGUCCGACAUUCACCCAAGUGUGCAUCGACUCAUUGUCGCAGAUGUGAUAGACAGAUGGGACCUAGAAGAUACACCGGAAACUGAAGAGAAAAUUCUCAGAAUUGCGCAAGAGCGAUAUAGAGGCUGGCGAUCAACUCUAAGCUCCACUUACAAGGCAUUCAAAACAGAUGAUGCUAGAUUGGCUAAUGUUCCGGAAGAUUUACAACCAGAAGAGUGGGAAUGGAUGAUCAACUACUUCGGCAAUGAUGAAAAAUUCCAGGCACGCAGCCAAAUGAACUCCGAUAAUCGCAAUAAACAGAAGACAAAACAUAGAGAUGGAUCAAAAUCAUACGCCCAACUAAGUUUUGAGAAGAGAAACUUGGAAACUGGAGAAGAGCCGGAUUGUGUUGCUCUAUGGGAACUCACACACACGAAGAAUGGAACAUGGUCUAACCCAGAGUCCCAGGAAGUUUAUGACAAAGCACGUGAAGCGGUGCAGAACAAAGAAACUGAAACAAAAGGUCCACUAUCAACUGAGCAGAGAAACAAUAUUUUUCAGACUGCAUAUAAAGACACAGUUCAAUGCAAGUCAUCGCAGCCUCGUGGCUACGGGUACAUGGCCAAGCCCAAAACUGGUUCUGAAAGGUUUCGGAUGCAGUUUGAGGACCAAGCUCGUGUUGCAGCUGAAACCCUGCAGCGAAACUCUGAGCUCAGCUAGCAUGUUAGCGAAUUAGAAGAACAAUUAGAAGUUGAGCGUGCAAACAUGCAGCAGAGUAUUGACUUCGAGCGUUCUGAGAGAGAGCAACUUGAGGUGAGGUUGCAAGAAGAGCGUGAUGCAAGAGAAAAAAUGGUGGAAGAGGAGCGAAGAUCAAGGCUCGAAUUUGAAAAAAUUAUGAUGGCAAAGUUCAACCAACAGAUGGCUAAAUUUAGCCAACAGAUGGGAAACCAAAAGGUGGUUAAGAAGAGGAAUGACAGAGAAAAUAUUAAUCCAAAUUUUCAAACCACUCUUUUACAGAGCUCUAGUCCUAACAGGAAUCCAGCAGCAAAGUCAAAUUUGAUUUCUACCAAUUCACUCGUACAGGCAACAUUGAAUUCUCGAAUGUACAGAGCAACAUUGGACUCAAAGACUUAGCUGGACAGGGUUGAAGUACAUGAAAAACACACAUAGUUUAGAUAGUUCAACUACCAUGGUAGCAAUGGACUCAACUCUGCUGGAUUGCUACAUUUUACUUUAGUUGCAUUUGAUGGAUAUUUGAUAUGAGAAUUAUGAUUUGUAUGAACCUACAUAUUAUACGCGUGGAUUUGAAUUUUUGUAAUUCAAUGGUUGUAUUUUUUUUAUGGUUGCGAUAAGCUAUUGCCACAACUCACUUUUUUGUUGCCUUAGGUUAGCACCACGAAAAAUAUAGUGUUGCGUCAAAUCCUAGUCGCCAUGACUACAUGCUUUGUUGCGUUAGCAUGUAGCAACGAAGAACUUUUUAUUGUUGCAAUAAAUUGUUACCACAUUUUUUAUGAAUGAUGUGAUAACUAUUUGGCGCCACGGAAUAAAAAUUUGUUGAGAUAGAGUAUCGCCACAAAACCUUCAAAUUGUGGCGGUAACUUCUUGCUACAAACAUUUUGGACGCUGCAAAAAUUAUGUAACACCACAAUUGUGAAUUUUGUUGAAACAAAGUAUCUCCACGAAA